AUGCCACCUCCAGUUCGCAAUAGACAGAGCCUAUCCAAGGACAAGUUUGCGGGAUACUUUGCACCACUGAAAAGUCAGACGCAUGGCUCAUUCGAAUCCAAUUCCAGUAUUCGCUCGAUAGCUUGGAAUCCCGUUGGAAGCCUUGUCGCAACUGGUUCGGCUGACAGAACCCUUCGUGUUUGUCAUGCUGCAGGCAUUGAGAAAGUGGCCUUCAAUCCCGUCAAGGAUGCAGAACUUUGCAGUCUCAGCAAGGACGGUGUUGCCAAGUUCUGGGAUGUAAGAACGAAAGCCUGUGUGAACGAGGUCAAGGACCUUGGAGAUGCACACGCCCUCGCCUGGGCCCCUGAUGGGUCCUCACUUCUUGUAGGAAACAGGGUGAGUUUACCAAAUGACUUGUCACUGCAGCAUGGACGACUGACUUGGCUUGAACGUAAACAGAGUGGCGGGCUUUUCCGAAUCUCGCCAACCGAGUCCGCCAUUCUUUCAUCUCAUCCACAGCCCGUUGAGGCGUACCAGAUGUCCUUUUGUUGGUCGGGCAAGAAAGUAUUUCUCCCGACAAGGGAAGGAAGUAUCCGCAUCUUGUCUUAUCCUGAGCUGGAGCCGAUUCUGCACGUCAACCAUGCCGUCAAGCCUGGCGAGUCAGAUGAGUUUAUUCUCAAGGGCCACACAGCCCCAUGCCUGACGACCGAACUGUCACCCACCGGAAAGUACCUUGCAACAGGAGGGGGGGACGCAAUUAUGUCUCUAUUUGAGACCCAAGACUGGAUCUGCAAGCGUACGAAUACACGCAUUGUCGGGCCAGUGAAGAGCAUCAGCUUCACGUUCGAUGGUCGAUAUGUCGUCGGUGCCUGUGAAGACAGCCCUGGUUUGGAUGUCACCCAUACAGAGACAGGGGAGCAUAUUCACACGUUCAAAACAGCUGGACCUUGUCAUGCCUUAGCGUGGGCGCCAACUAGGUAUUGUCUGGCCUAUAGUGAUCUGGGGAUUCUACGCAUCAUUGGACUCGAUGCGGAUAGAAAAUAA